UGUAUAGCUGCAAAAUCUAGAUCUUUUAGAUGUUUUACGAUUUGUUUUAUCUAAAACUGAAAAUUGAGUUGGCAACUGUAAGGGCGAGCGACAGGCGACAGCUUCAGUCAGUGAGGGUCAGUGUGGUCCAGGCAGCGGGCAGAGGUGGGUGACGCAGCUCCCGCCAUCACUUCUCUUGUGUUAUCUUCUCCACGUGCUCAUCAACCUAGUGUGCGUGUGGUUACUGAGUAGAGGUGUGCAGGUGAUAUACUAACUCUGAAGAACAUCUUCACCUGCCAACAUGAAUGGUAAACACGAGAAAAGUCCAGAACUGGAAUUGAAAACUGGAAAGAAGGAAAGUCAAAUUGCCAUGCCGUACAUUGAUGGAGAUGAUCUGAAAAAGAAUAACAAAAAGAAGAAAAGUAAAAAUAAGGAUGACGAGGAAGAAGAAAAAGACAAAAACCAGUUGCCCCCAGUUCCUAUGCUCCAGUUGUUCAGAUACUCAAGCUUAAUUGAGAAAUGGCUGAUGAUUGCUGGUAUUCUGGCAUCAUUUUUGGCUGGAAUCUGCAUGCCAGCGAUGUUUAUUCUCUUUGGGGAUAUCACAAAUGCUUUUGUUUACAACGACUUACUAAGUAGUAUUGAUAAUACAACAAACUUCACAUCAUUCAUCAGUGACCAUCCAGAAUUACAGAAUUUUACUGCGCAAGAAAUUAUAGAUAUGUAUGUGGAAAAGUACGGAGUUAAAGACUUCUUCCACGAGGUAGUAAGAUUUGGAGUGGGGACAAUCAUCGUGGGUACAGUCCAGAUGAUCAUGGGAUAUGUAUUUGUUACCACUAUGAACUACGCUGCAGAGGGACAGGUAUACAGACUACGAGGAAUGUUCCUGCAAAGUAUUCUCAAACAAGAGAUAGGCUGGUUUGACACACACCAAACAAAUGAUUUUGCCAGCAGGGUGACAGAAGACUUGAACAAACUGCAAGAAGGUAUUGGAGAGAAGGUUGGCAUGUUCUUGUUCUUCAUGACAAUAUUUGUUGCCUCCCUCAUCAAUGCCUUUGUUCAUGGCUGGGAACUGACUCUCAUUAUUCUGUCAGUUUUUCCAAUACUUGGAAUUUCAACUGGCAUUAUUGCUAAGGUUCAGUCAAAUCUCUCAUCUGUAGAAAUGAAGGAAUAUGCUAGGGCUGGCAGUGUAGCAGAGGAGGUAAUAUCUGCGAUUCGAACUGUUGUUGCGUUUGGUGGGGAAACAAAGGAAGUUUGCAGAUAUGAAGCAAAUUUGGUUCAUGCCAAAAAGGCUGGAGUUAAGCGAGGCCUGAUGACAGGGGUUGGAAUGGGGCUCAUGUGGUUCAUCAUUUAUGCAGCCUAUUCCUUGGCCUUUUAUUAUGGCACCGGCCUUAUUCUUAAGUCUCGUGAAGGAAAUGGCUCGUUUGAUCCUUCUAAACUCAUCAUCGUGUUCUUCAGCGUCUUAAUGGGAGCCAUGAAUAUUGGUCAGGCAGCACCCUUCUUGGAAGCCUUUAAUAUUGCAAGAGGUGCAGCUGCAACUAUCUUUGACAUAAUUGAAAGGAAAUCUGCUAUUGAUCCAACAAGCUUAGAAGGAGAUAGACCAUCUACUAUAAAUGGAAUCAUUGAGAUGAAAGAUGUUCAUUUCAACUAUCCAUCACGUCCAGACAUAAAGAUUUUGCAAGGCAUUAAUCUCAAGAUUGAACCGGGACAGACCGUUGCCCUGGUGGGAUCAUCUGGAUGUGGCAAGUCAACUUGCAUCCAGUUAAUACAGCGCUUUUAUGACCCCCUCUCAGGAGAAAUAUUACUGGAUGGAAAGCCAAUACAGAAACUUAACUUGGGAUGGUUAAGAGAUCAGAUUGGAAUAGUUGGGCAAGAACCGGUUCUUUUUGCUACCACCAUAGCGGAAAACGUCAGAUAUGGCCGUGAAGGCGUGUCCAUGGAAGAUAUACAUUUUGCUUGCAAAGAGGCAUUUGCUCACGAUUUCAUCAUGAAAUUACCAAAGCAAUACGAAACAAAUGUUGGAGAACGUGGUGGUCAGAUGUCAGGAGGACAGAAACAGCGUAUUGCAAUUGCCCGAGCAUUGGUUCGCCAACCCCGUAUAUUACUCCUGGAUGAAGCAACAUCAGCUUUAGAUAACCAGAGCGAAGCUGUUGUCCAGAAAGCUCUCGACAAGGUCCGACAGGGUCGCACAACGGUUAUUGUUGCUCAUCGACUUUCCACCAUUAAGAGUGCAGAUAAGAUUCUUGUUUUUAAUGAAGGAAAAAUUGUUGAGGCUGGAACUCAUGAAGAGCUAAUGAAGUUGCAGUCAUCUUACUACAAUUUGGUGACGGCACAAAUAGUCCCAGCAGAAUUACACAAAGGAAACGAAAGUAAGGACCUAUCAUCAUCUGAGGAUAAGGAUACCCAUGACACUGACAGCAUAGCUGAAUUCAGUCAAGAUAUCAUAGAGGAUUUGGCUAGCAUGUCCCCAGGUGCCUUGGUCCACACACUGUCUACCAGAUAUUCUCUACGCCGACGAAAAUCCUCUGUCAAAUCUGAAAAGAAAAUGGAAAUAAUUGCCAAGGAUGAAGAGGAAAUUUUGGAUCCAGUUCCAAGCAUAAAGAUUCUGAAAAUGAAUGCUUCCGAGUGGCCAUAUAUUGUAGGAGGAGUUUUUGGAUCAGCCAUGCAAGGAGUAAUUAUUCCAGUUUAUGCCGUUCUCUUCGGUGAAGUACUUGGGACACUUUCAUUAGCUGAUCCAGCCGAGGCAAGGAAGCAAGCAGACUUUUAUGCCCUGCUCUUCCUCAUGAUUGGAAUUGUUGCUGCUAUCUCAAUGUUCAUGCAGGCAUACUUGUUUUCGGUGGCUGGAGAAAUACUCACAUCAAGACUGCGAAAACUUACCUUUGCUGCUAUGCUGCGUCAGGAGAUGGGUUGGUUUGAUGAAGAGAAGAAUUCUGUUGGUGCGCUCUGUUCACGUUUGUCUGGGGAUGCUGCUGCUGUACAAGGGGCAACUGGGUCUCGUGUAGGAACCAUUGUCCAAGCCAUUUCAACACUGGGUGUAAGCAUUUGUAUGGCUCUGUAUUACGACUGGCGUCUUGGCCUGGUUACACUUCCCUUUAUCCCCUUUGUGUUGAUUGCAGUCUACCUGCAGAGCAAAAUCCUCAUGGGUCAGAGUGUCACGGAGUCUAAAAUACUACAGGAUGCAGGCAAGAUUGCAAUAGAAUCAAUUACUAACAUUCGAACAGUUGCAAGUCUUCACAAAGAGCAGCAUUUUGCUAAAGAAUAUUCAGCUGCCUUGUAUAAGCCUCACAAAGAAGCUCUGAAAAAAUCCCAUCUCCGAGGUGCUGCUUUUGGAUUUGCACAAGCUGUACCAUUCUUUGCUUAUGCUGUAGCAAUGUUUUAUGGUGGUUACUUGGUUAAUAUUGACCAAAUUUCAUUUGUGGACGUCUUCAAGGUAGCAGAGGCUCUCAUCCUGGGAACAAUGAUGGUAGGACAAGCAGUUGCUUUUGCUCCAAACUUUAGCAAAGCAAAAGUUGCAGCUUCACACAUAUUUACUAUGCUUGAACGCCAACCUGCAAUUACAGCAUCGCCUAGUGUGGGUCUACGACUUAACACUCCCGUAACCAGCAUAGAGCUAAAUGGUGUGCAUUUUUCUUACCCGACAAGAUCUGAUGUGCCCAUAUUAUCAGGACUGAAUGUUAAAGUGGAUAGAGGACAAACUCUAGCCCUGGUUGGAAGCUCAGGGUGUGGCAAGUCCACCAUCAUUGGCCUACUGGAGAGAUUUUAUGAUGCAAGCAAAGGGAAAGUUUGCAUUAGUGGUAAAGAUGUACAAGCCCUAAAUGUUGGCUGGGUGAGAAACCAGCUAGGUCUUGUGUCUCAGGAACCUGUGCUCUUUGAUCUCACUAUUGCCGAAAAUAUUGCAUAUGGUGAAAAUUGCCGGGAAGUGGGGCAUGACGAAAUUGUUAAUGCUGCCAAACAAGCCAACAUUCACUCAUUUGUAGAGUCUCUACCAAAUGGCUAUAAUACAAGAGUCGGUGCAAAGGGCACACAAUUGUCUGGUGGUCAAAAGCAACGUAUAGCAAUAGCACGAGCACUAAUAAGAAACCCAAGUGUGUUGCUACUUGACGAAGCUACCUCUGCUCUGGACACCGAAAGCGAAAAGGUUGUCCAAGAGGCCUUGGAACAAGCCCAGAAGGGCCGUACUAGUAUUGUCAUCGCUCACCGUCUGUCAACUGUCCAAAAUGCCGACACUAUUGCAGUAGUUCAAGGCGGCCGGGUGGUAGAAUUUGGUACUCACAAGCAGCUCAUCGAGAAGAAGGGACACUAUUUCUCUCUCUACCAGACUAACAAAUAAUAAAUAUUACUGUAUAGUGUUAUAGAAUGUUACAAAUUUGGAAUAGAGGAUAAAAUUUGAGUAUAUCUUUGGUACAUUUUGUGGUUUUAGUUUGUUACAUUAAAGCUAAUUGUGCCAUAUUCAUGUAUUUUAUACAAAUUAAUUUUAGCGUUAUGUUGAUUGUGACAAUAUUCACUGUUAUUGUGAUAAGCCAUAUUACUGAAAUUUUGUCAGCAAUUAAGGUUUCAGGUACAGUUCUUUCAAUAUUUUUAUAAAUUUUAUAAAAUCUUAGCAAAGCUGACAAAAGAAAAAUUCUUGCAUAUGAAUUUUUAUAGAUUUCCAAAUUUAUUUUUACAUAAAUUUCAGAAUGACACAUUGAAUGUGUGUGCAGCGAGUAACAACACAUUAAAAAAAACAUUAAUUAAAAAAAUGCCAUUAACUGGAGACAAUGGAGAAUUGAGUUAUAAAUACUUACAAUGAAUUAAAAUCAAUCUAAAUUUACUGUAUAAAUGCUUUUGCGAACUUGUUUGCAAUUUCGUGUUGGGAGAGAGCAUUGGAAAAGAAGCAUGUGCAUGUUAGCAGAGAAUAGUUUGUGCAGAAAUAAAAGCACUUAGGUGAUUACAAUAAUGCUGUAGCAUUUGAACAAUGCUGUAGGAAUGUGUGGAUUUCCUGGAAUGUUCUCUCAUUACCAUAUCCAUACAUAAAGCACAAGUAUAUCAAUUUGCUCCAUCAAUAUAUUAUACCCAAUCUUUUUGCAUGUGUAAAAGUGCUAUUAAAGAUUUACAACAAACAUAUUUCUAAAGUAAUUUUUUUUUUUUUUUUCAACUUUCAAUGGCAUUAGUCAUGGCAAGUUUUAUGGUCACAGGUGAAGUAUUGUCAGUUUCUUCCUCAAAACUUAGCACAAAGAUAGAUUAAAAGGCAAUGUGAAAGUGUGUUGAUUAUAUAAAUAUUUUUAUUCCUUGAAUAAUUUGAUAGCUGAUAAACUUCAUUUGCAAAUAAUUUUAGUCAAUUCCAAAGUGACAAAUUUUUUAAAUGAGUUGUAUAGUAACCAGAUUACAGACUGAUUUAGGUUUGUGCUUUCCUUUCCCCUUUCCUUUUUACCUUUACCAAGCUUAACCCCUGCUCUGCACCAGCCGACAUAUUAAGGGGUGUGCUGGUGCACCAGCCGACAUGUGAUUAUCUUGGCAUAUCAUAAGAUACGAAACUCCCAUGUAUACAAUGGAGCACACAUUUGCUUCCUCAGGCCUCCAGUAACCAUGCCAAAAAAAAGCCCAUCUUAAAAAAUAUCCCGGGUGCCUCACUUUCCUUCCAUGGGCUAGGUUAUUAAGGCCUAUGAAGCGUUCGUCAGGCCAUGGCAUUUAUAGUGUGUAGGACAGCCAUACUAUGAGCCACUAAAAUUUUAACAGCAAGCGAGUAUUUACCAUUACUUAGCUUUGACACAUUGAUACAACUUGUUAGAGCAAAAAAACUAAAUAAAUAGUGAGAAACUGAAAAUAGUUAUUUCAAUGUCAACUAGUCUCGUUUUUACAAACAAAAAAAAAUAUGCAAAUUCUCCAGGUUACCACAGCUAAACUAAAAGAUGUAGAGACUUUUACUUGAAUUUUUGUGUUUCCUGGGUGGUAAUUAACAAUAAAAAAAACUUUAUAGAACAAUUUAUUUUUGGUGCAGCACGGGAAUGUCAAUUUAAAAGGUGAGCAGUGCAGGGGUUAAGGGUCAGCUAUAUAAUGAGCUACUGUAUAAUAACAUGAUAAACGAUGUUAAAUACAUAUUUUACAUAUGCAUUUCUAGUCUGCUAAUUGUAAAUAUUGAAUUAAGGGAUGAUAAAAUAUAAGUUUUUACAUUCAAAAUUAUUUAAAGUCUGAGGUAUGAAUACUAACAAACAUUAAUUUCCUUGUGCUUAGCAGCAUCUUUAAUAAUUGUUCAUAUGGACAGUGCUACAAAGUAAUUUUUCAUUCAUUUUUUUAAUGUUCUUGUCCUUCAGAUUUUAAAUUGCUUAUACUGUACAUUCAUGGUAUCCAUCUUGAAUAUCGUGCAUCAGACAUUAUUAAUCAUGUGUGUAACUUUUUGAAGUUGUAAUUGAAGUAACUGAAGUCCAAUAUUGUGCCAAAUAUACGUAUUUUAUCAAAGUAGCCAUCACUAGAGAAAUUUCAGUGUUGCCCAACUUUUCUGUGGGGAGCCCAUUGGCUCCCUGAAGCUAUCCAAAUUGAUGUGCUGUAUUAGUUAGGGGUCAUCAGUCACAGGAGUUCUUAAGCCUACCUGGUCCCCGUCAGAGAGCCACAGGGAGCAAUGGUAUAUGAGCACUUUACAUUUAAAGUAUAGUAUGUCAUAAUUGCCAUCAACCAGGGAAGGGCCCAGAAAGGUAGGUGAAUCAAAAUGGACCAUUGUCUGGUUAACCUGUGCAAUCUACAUUCAUAAAGAUAAAAAUAACUCUCCUAGAAGAAAACCAAACAAGCAACCCCUCAUGCUACUAGCACUUGUAUUCAUUUUGAUUGUAUUCAUUUUCUUUUCACUUGGUCGUUCUUGCCUUGUUUAGGUGGUGGUGGUCUGUUUAACUUAAUAGGCAAGCCUAAAUUAUGUUUGUAGUCCUCCUGUGUUUCCCCCAAGGUUUCAUAGCUGCUACUGGUCUGUUUGCCUGCUACCUGACAGGGUUCAAUCGGCUUGGCUAGCCCCAGUGCCUGGGCUUCCCAUAGAGCUCAUUCACCCUAUGGGCCCUGGAAAACCCAUGGGCUCAAUCGUACAAUGGCUACUUCUUCCGAACCUGCUCUCGCCUUGUGCGAAGUCGAAGGUUGUUUGUUGCCCCUGCCAAAGGGAAAUGAUCAUCCGUACUGCCUCUGUCACGCUGCUUGAUGGGUCGGGGACACCACUGACCCAGUGUCUUGCAGGCCUUGUUCCCCGCUUGUACUUCACUUCACUCAUUCCUUGUCUGUUGAUCAAGGAUCAGGCAGCGGCUGCAUUGCAUGUUCGAUUCUCCUUACUACAAUGGGCCAGGUUGGUUGCUUGGUUGGAGGACCCAGAGCUGCCCUGCUUGGGUUUUAGGGCCCAGGUUUAGGGGGCUGUUGGUUGCUUUGACCUUGGUUCCUUCCUCACCCCUGCUUCCUUACCUGGUGGGCGUGAUUCACCCUGCUCCUUUCCCCCCCCCCCCCCCCCAUCCCUGCUUCCAGCUCCCGGUUCCCGAAUGUGUGAGGGGUUUCGGAGUGAGGGCGGAGUUUCAGAUUUCUCCUCCUCCUCUUCCAGUUUUUGGUAACAUAUCUUGGGUAGAUAUUCGGGUGUGAGGGUUUUGGAGGUUGAACAGAGUCCAGGCCACCAGCAAUCUAGUGAACAUUCUGGUUCCUUCCCUGUCGUGUGUGGCUUUCGGGUGCCUGUCGUGGCAGUCUUCCUCUUCUUUGUCUCAAGACCUGCGGUACCUGGUUGAUACCUGGUUGAUGGGUUCUGGGAGUUCUUCUACUCCCCCAAGCCCGGCCCGAGGCCAGGCUUGAUUUGUGAGAGUUUGGUCCACUAGGCUGUUGCUUGGAGCGGCCCACAAGCCCACAUACCCACCACAGCCCGGUUGGUCCGGCACUCCUUGGAGGAAUAAAUCUAGUUUCCUCUUGAAGAUGUCCAUGGUUGUUCCGGCAACCGUGUCCAUGCUGCCAACUGUGUCCAUGCGUUCAGUGCUGCCGCCAUCUGAAUAAGUCCAUGCUUCUACAUGAUUUUUGAGUAGCACUUCAGGUAAACGAUGUGGCUUCCCACAGAAAACCAGCAUUGAAUGUAAUGAAAUACCAUUUUCUGGGUGAGCUCCGGAGGCUCCCCAACACCUCUCCCUCCCUCCCUCCCUGUACCUCUGAGAGAGGACCAGGUUCUGGCUCGUGGUUCCCAGUAGGCAUAACUCCUGUGACUGAUGGCCCCCAAACUAAUGUAGAACAUAUCAGUUUGGAUAGCUUCAGAGAGCCAACAGGGCUCAUUCAGAUAAAGGCAUUCAUUACAUUCAACGCUUUUUGUUUUCUUUGUCUUUCCAUGUAAAUUGUGUGCGGUCAACAAACUAGAAAUUGUUAACUCAUGUUUAUGAAAUCGUUCCUUGCAUAGCUCUUGAUUAUUGUUAUACCAUAAAAAUGAGAUUUUUCUUUUAGAAACUACCAUUCAUAUGAAUUAAUCAGAUUUUGUUAGCAAUUGUAAAUUAUUUCCUCAGCUAUUAAACAUUUUAUUAUC